GAUAAGGAAGAGUGAGAGAGACACUUCAACUCUCUAUCUCCAUUACUUUGCUUUUCUUUCCAUCAAAGCUCCUUUCUUUUUCUUUAACCCAUCUCUCUGUUUCUCUUCUUUUGGGCCAAAAAACAAGAAACACCCAACACAAAUUUUCAGUUUUUCAGAUCAGAUUUCAGAUGGGUUCUGUUGGUAAUCCAACUCAAUGGGCACCAUAUGAUAACUACAGAGAUUGUUCACAAGGAAUUUGCAGUAUCUAUUGUCCUCAAUGGUGCUAUAUAAUUUUCCCUCCUCCACCUCCUCUCACUCUUGGAGAUGAUUCCACUACUGAUUUCUCUCCUCUCAUUAUAGCAGUUAUUGGUAUAUUGGCUAGUGCUUUCAUUUUGGUCACUUACUACACCAUCGUCUCCAAGUUUUGCAGCCGCUCAGGAUCUCAAAACUCCAUCAUUGACCUCAACGAAAAUCGCAAUAAAUCCAUCACAGUCUGUAAGUACAGAAGUGAUGGAUUGGUUGACGGCACAGACUGUUCUGUUUGUCUGAGUGAGUUGAAGAAAAUAGAGCUUAGGCUGUUGCCAAAAUGCAAUCAUGCUUUCCAUGUUACGUGCAUUGAUACCUGGUUAACGUCUCACUCUAGUUGUCCUCUUUGCCGUGCUAAUAUUGCUCCGGCCAACGCGAUUUCUGGGCCUAAUCAUCAUCCUCCCGCCGAGGAAACUAUCCACCGUGGUGUUGCUGUAUCUGCACUGCAAUACCAACGUAGAAAUGAUUCUGUUUUAGUGAUUCAGGAUCUCGAAAUGGGCGUCUGUGAAGACACUGCUGUUGCUCCCACUGCCGGUUUUGUUCCCAGUCAUGAGAGGCCAAAGACACCAAAUCAAGCUCCUGGUAGUGUAGUAAAUGUGGAAGAAGUUGAAGAAAAUGGGAUUCAGCCAAUUAGGAGAUCAGUCUCGUUGAAUUCUUCUCUGUGUCAAGAUCGUGUUUCGAUUGCUGAUAUAUUACGUGCCAGUGAAGACACCGACAAUGAAGAGUCCAAAAUCGAAAUUCAAAAGGUAGUUUCAGCAGGAACUGGAUCCUCUAAACAAUCUGCUGAUGAAGAAUUACUUUCUGUGAAUAAUAUGGUUAUGAAAAGGAUGCCUGUAGCAAUGAAGAGAUCAUUUUCAACAGGGAGAUUCAUGUUCACAAGGUAUGAUAGAGGAAGGAAUUCUAUACUACCAGAGUGAAAUUGAUAAUAAUUCCACUGUGUAUAAAAAACAAAAUCUGUGAAGUUUGUUCGAUUAAAUACAGUACAAAAACCCAGGUUAGAGAUUUUAGAUCAUAGAAAUUUGACAGCUGAACUGAAUAUGAGCCUGUCAUUAGUGUCUUUCAUUAAAUUUAAUUUAUGUUCAUUAUGUGA